CUUUCUCCCAGCUCCCUCCUGCUGUUUGUCCCUGCUUGUAUAAUUUCAAGAAAGAAAGAGAGUGAAAAAGAAGCAGAGUGAAAGGUUGCAUGGGUAUAAUAAAAAAAAUAGUUGAAGAGGGAGGGAAAGAGAUUAGGAGGGAGAUGAGAGGGCAGAAAGACAUGUUUUGAGCACAGGCAACUGGCUGCUGAGACUAAACAGCAAGAGAGAGAGAGAGAGCAAAAGGGGGAGAAAGAGAGCGAGGUAAGGAGACAAUGCUCCAGCUAGACACAAGAUGGCUACAGUCUCUUCCGAUUUAAAUGCUGCAGAGGACUCUUCUCUACCUGCCCGACGCCUCCUGUUGCUGGGGUUCCAGGGCUCCGGUAAGACCUCAACUCUGAAUACCAUCUUGAGCCAGGAGAAAAACCCUCCCAACCAUUCCCAAACAGACCAACAACACUGGGUAGACAUACUCACCUGGCGGCUACUAAUCAUUGACACCCCUGGAUGGAAGCUGGAAACUGAAGGUACAACUGACGAGUCGGACUCAGAGAAUCAGCAGUCCAUCACUGAUCAAUGUUCUCCUUGUCCUCAUGCCCUGCUGCUGGUGGUUCCCAUUGGAGUUCCGUUCACUGAACACCACUGGCAAGGUCUUUGGGCCCGAGUUCGGGCACUGGGAGCAGGGAUAUGGAGGCACACAAUGGUUUUGUUCACCUGUGCGGACCAGUUGCCACAAGACAUGGGUGUGGAGAAAUUUAUUGUGGAUGGCGGGGCAGCGCUGCAGAGGCUGGUGGAGAGGUGUGGCUGUAGGUACCAUGCCUUGGAUAACACCUGCUCGGACAAAAGUGCUCAGGUUGCAGAGCUUUUGCAGAAAGUGGAGGAGAUGGUGCAGGAGAAUCAAGGCUGGUUCUUUGGUCGGCACCUCACGGUUGUCGACACACCAGGCUGGGAUUGGUCCUCCGUCCAGCGCACACCAAGCAACAUACGAAAAGAAAUCAAACUAGGGGCAGGGCUUCUACAUCCUGGUCCACAUGCACUCUUAUUGGUCAUCCCCGUAGUCUCCACCCUCACUCCCAAAAAGAGACAGGCCCUUAAGAGCCACUUGGAAAUGUUUGGCGAGGAGGCUUGUCAGCACACACUGGUGCUGUUUUCAUGUGGAGACUGGCUGUAUGGCACAUCAAUUGAGGAUCACAUCCAGCGGGAUGGAGGCGAGCUGCUGAAACUGAUGCAGCAUUGCUGGAACUGUUACCAUGUUCUGGACUGUACCAAAGCCAGCAAGGACAGGUCACAGGUGACUGAACUCUUGCGGAAAAUAGAGGAGAUGGUAGCAGAGAAUGGAGAGAAACCUUUCUUACCAGUCAAAUUGAACCAAGAAUUAGAUGAGGAGGAAACGAGUGGAAGAUGCAUUCUGCAGUGAAUAAUGUGACAACAUGCAAAUCUUAGAGGAAUGUAAAAGUUAUCCAAUUGUUUAUUACCCAUAAGGCCAUUCACACUGUUUUGCCAAAGUCAUAUUAACAG